CCUUCACUGAAAUAGGAUAGUUUACUUUAAUAACAAGCUGACUAACAGUUUUUUUUUUUUUUAAUGUGUUUAAUUAGUUUAAACGAUAUUAGAAAAUAUUCUAAUCUGUCGAUGGAAAAGCUAUGUAAGUGUAAUGGUUGAACUCUUAAAAAAAAAAAAAACUUGUUCCUUUAUGUUUAACUUUAAACAUAUUAACGUUGCAGUUUAAGCUAGCUAAAUAACGUUCAGGUAAAUACAACGCAUACUAAACCAUAGGGGAGACCGGGUAUGGUUGCAGCACUUUUUUACCUCAGCACCUGUAAUUCACUGAAUUUAUGAGUUCUCAAACUUUUAUACAAAGAACCCACUUUUGUUUAGGACAAAUGGCACCAAUUCAAACCUCUGUAAGAAUAUCACAGAUCUUCUGAGUCGAAUAUAUAUGAGAUGUAACACAUGCUGGGGUAAGUUGUACCAAUUAGACAAAAGAAGCAAAGAAAAAUUGCUUCACAUGUUAACUGAGAAACUCCAGUUUCAGCUAAUAUAAGUCAUGAUUUUAUCUGGAAUAGUAUAAGUCGGAGGUUGGGAAACUUUUCAGCUGACAGAGACAUAAAAAAAUAAUAAUAAAAAAAAUAAUAAAAAAGAAAUGAUUUUUUUCUUUAAAGAGCCAAAGAAUAGUUUAACUUUUUUUUCUUUAAAAAAAUGUUUUCAUAUAUGUCUUCUUAUUAUUAUAGUUAUUAUCUUUACUAUUAUUGCAUAAUUAUAAAAAGUGAUAAUGUAAUAAAAGCCAUUUGACAGUUUGCAUGCUCUUGACCUAACAGCCCGCACUUCACCUAAUAGGCCUGUAGGUGGCACUUGGACUUCAUUUAAACCAACUAUGAUCGUUUCAUCAAAUGGUAAAUCAAUACAGGAUGCAGUACGUAAAUAAGAGGAAAUUGAAUACUACUUACCAUUAAUGCGACUUCCACAAAUGUAAAUCCGUCUGUGCGUUCAGACUGGAAAGAACUAUACUCGUCGUCUUUUUUUUUUCUCUCUUUUAGCCAAACCCCUAUGUAGUUUUCAAUCGAUUUAUGAAUUAGACUGGGAAAUUUCCGCUCUCCUUCACAUUGUCCAGUGAACUUUGAGCUUGUUGUGCCGCAGGUUGGUGUAUUCGUGACAAACGGGCAUUGAUUAUGAAUUAUGUAAUAUUUUAAAAUAUGUAGUAUGUAGAGUUUUAAUUGAAUCGACACACAAGCUUUCGUGAUUCCUGUUUUUUUUUCUCUCGCCUUUGAGCCAAAGGCAAUAAUUGAAAAAGCCGUAUAUGGUUUGCGAGCCAUAGGUUCCCGACCCCUGGUAUAAGUAAAUAUAGUCUUGGUCAGAAAAUGUAUUUUCUUAACCUCAAAAUCCAAAAUUUUUCCUCUGUAGACUCUGUAUGCGCCUGUUUCCAGCCUUGACAGCCACCAUGUGGGAUCGGGGAGGAAGCGUGUAAACACUGAAAUGAUCAUACGACACCUAUCUUAUCCCUGAUUGGUGGAAUUGUAAUGCUGACUAAACGCAGAAAAGAUUACAGCGGCAUGAUAACCCUCCACAAACCUGUCCCACCACAUCUGCUCCACCAUACGUCUCCCAGAAGUGACGGGCAGAAGUCAUCAUCAGUACUGGAGAGUCCGUAUGUUAGAAGUGUGCCUCAGAAAACAUCCAGAGUCGUUAGACGCCCCGGAACAGAGGCUGAUGAGGCACACACACUCUUUCACCGCUCAGUAAAACGACUACAGGAUCAGUUCCUUUCAGAGCGACAGGAGGCCGACGCCAUCACACAGCCGCUGCUGGACACCGAGAACGGAUUCAUCAAGGAUCUGGAACGUUUCCUGAACCACAGAGACAUGCUUAGAGCGAGGAGGCGCGAGCUUCUGCACAAGCGCUGGACAGAGUGCGUGUGGUGGCCUGUGCAGCGCAGCCUCACAUGGCGUCAUUAUGAAGGGGCGGGGCCAGUGAACACGACGCACGCGGGCUACAUCGACUACAGCGAUAAGGUCAGCGCCGCUCCCUUGAUGGAUCCACUGUUCCUCCACUCACAUUCAAGGAUGAGGGAGAAGAGAGUGGUCCUUCACUGCCAGACAGGAUGUGUGGCGUCAGCGGAGGAACAGAGCAGGAACGAGAGAGAUCUGUACGGAGGAAGCUGGAGUCAAGGCCCUGUGUACAUGGCUACGGCGGAUGGGCGGUGCUACGGGCCUGAGUGCUGGUCCGCGAUUGGUCUGUCUCGCAGAUAUUCAAUUGAGUCAUGACGUGACACAGUGCAUCCUCUACCUCAUCCAAUCACGACUUUGAAUGACUUUCCAAGUUUCAGAUUGUGGUACAUUCUGUCUGUUGUAUGAUUCAUAAUGAACGUUAAUACAAAAAAAACAGGUUUAUUAUUAUUAUUAUUAUUAUUCGUCAAAUAAAAGUUUUAUUUCAAAUAAU